GCCGCAAAACCCGAGAGCGCCGGGGUGGGCGCGCGGGCCGCGCGCGGGCCGGCGCCCCGAGCUCUGGGCAUGCUCAGUCGCGCGGGCAGGGCUCCGGGCGCGAGCAGGGCUCCGUCUGCACCACAUUCACCGGCUGCCAAGGGGAGCCGCCGGGCGCUCGCAGGCUCGGUGCGCGCUGCCCGCCGGAGGACCCGGCCGCCGCGCCCCGCCGCCUCCCGGAGCCAUGGCCGCGCUCAGCCACCCCGCCGCCUUCGGCCGGGCCACCCACGCCGUGGUGCGGGCGCUGCCCGAGUCCCUCGGCCAGCACGCGCUGAGGCGCGCCAAGGGCGACGAGGUGGAUUUCGCCCGCGCCGAGCGGCAGCACCAGCUCUACGUGGGCGUGCUGGGCAGUAAGCUGGGGUUGCAGGUGGUGAAGCUGCCGGCCGACGAGAGCCUCCCGGACUGCGUGUUCGUGGAGGACGUGGCCGUGGUGUGCGAGGAGACGGCGCUCAUCACACGGCCCGGAGCGCCGAGCCGGAGGAAGGAGGUUGACAUGAUGAAAGAAGCAUUAGAAAAACUUCAGCUCAAUAUAAUAGAGAUGAAAGAUGAAAAUGCAACCUUAGAUGGUGGAGAUGUCUUAUUCACAGGCAGAGAAUUUUUUGUGGGCCUUUCCAAAAGGACAAAUCAACGAGGUGCUGAAAUCUUGGCUGACACUUUUAAGGACUAUGCAGUCUCCACAGUCCCAGUGGCUGAUGCUUUGCAUUUGAAGAGUUUCUGCAGUAUGGCUGGGCCUAACCUUAUCGCAAUCGGAUCCAGUGAAUCUGCGCAGAAAGCCCUCAAGAUCAUGCAACAGAUGAGUGACCACCGCUAUGACAAGCUCACAGUGCCUGAUGAUACGGCCGCAAACUGUAUAUAUCUAAAUAUCCCUAGCAAAGGCCACGUCUUGCUGCACCGAACACCAGAAGAGUAUCCAGAAAGUGCAAAGGUUUAUGAAAAGCUGAAGGACCAUAUGCUGAUCCCUGUGAGCAAUUCUGAAAUGGAAAAGGUGGAUGGGCUGCUCACAUGCUGCUCCAUACUGAUUAACAAGAAGGCAGACUCCUGAGUGGGAGGCCCUCCCUUGUAGCCGGCAAAGCUGCACUGGCCAGGCCGAAAACCGUACCCACUUCUGUUGUUGUCUCUGACAACCUGCUGUGCUGCUUUGCUACUAACUCUGGGUUAUAAAAGUUUCAUUCUGAGUUUAAUUGCUUCUUUCUGCACCACCCCCACCCUCCCCUCACGGUGGUACCUAACCUGUGGAUUUGCUAAAUGAAUUCAGCAAUAUAGAAAAUAAUAGAGCUAAUGAAUUAUUGAAACAUGGUUAAUAAUAGUAAGGACACCUUCACUUUAGUGUUUCUAUCAGUGUGAAAAUCGCUUAGUUGCCCAUGUAUGCUGAAGAAUGUCUUCUUGAUCAGUCAGAUAGGCUGGGGUUAUCAUUAAUCAUCUUUGAUUCCUUUGAAAUUCCCUGGUCCAUGGAGCCUCCCCUUUCCCUGUUUUUUUUUUUUUUUCUGAACCCUGGAAACUUUUUUCCAGUUACUUUCUUUUGCCUUUCCCACUUCUUUCAGUCACCUGCGCCUUGGGUAAAAUCCAGAGUCUUGCCUUCUAGAUCUCAUGCUACGUCUUCUGCCACUACCCCUACUCUUCCCCGGAAAGGCAAACAGGCCCCUCAGCAGAACUGUAACCAAAAUCAGAACGGCUGUUGUGGGGAGAGUUACCUACACAGAGGCACAUCCUGACAAGGUUUGCCCCAAAGAUCUCAGCUCCAGAAGAAGGAGGGUACCACACCUGGGCAGGUGAAUUCAGCUCCAGAUGGCUGCUGGGGGGUUGUGGAUCAAGAGGCUUGGAAACACCCCAUGGGUCCAACAUCUUAGGAAGGCUUAGAAAGUCUCUGUAAGUCACAUUCCAUGAAAUUUUGCUUCAUUACUGGCCAUAUACAGACCUUGGGGAAUAGAGCCUUAUUUUUUCCUUUACCUCAUUUCUAUUUCCCCCUUCAUGACUCAGCUUAUUUCCAGCCUUCUACCCCCUGCAGUUAUCUUCAUCCAGCAAAGUUAUUUUUUUCAAAAGGACAUCACAUCUAAAAAUGAUUAUUGAUGGUCUAGUGCAAGCCAGAUGGGGCACGUUCAGAAAGUCAUCGGCUUAGUGUUUGAAACCAACUGCAGACAAUGGACAAUUCUCGUUUGAAAUAUCCAUGAAUAUUUCCUGUGGAGUUCAAUUAAAACUUCUUUCCUCUCUAACCUUCAAAUUACACAACCUUAAACUGACACGGGUCUCUUACAAAGAACAGUGCCUCAGUGAAGGGAGAGAUCAUUGUCUUUCACUUAAACCUGAAAGAAGCAGCCUUUUAGAAAGCCAGGGACAUGGUACUUUCCAAGGAAUGGUGACUGAUCCAGGCAUGUUAUCAAACUUCCUAGUCAUCUCCACCUUUCUGUAUUGCCUCUGGCAUAUUGUUUAAGAUUAAGAAUCAGAGAUACUAAGAAAUACUACUUCAAGUCUCACUCUGCUUACCUAUGUGUUUGUAAUCAAACAUCCCUUAUAUCUGGUGACCCAGAGAGAAUUACCUUCAUUUGUCAUCUCCCCCUUAGCAAAUGAAAGUGGUAAGCCUCUGAGAAAACUGAGACAUCUUUAACCACUGUAUUUUUAAUUUAUUUGAUAAUUUUAUGAAUUUCUUGAGCUUUGAAGAAAUUCCUUCUCUUUCUUUUUGCUUAGCCUUAAAAUUCAUUUCACAGGUAAAUAUCUAAUUAUAUGCAUCCUGUGAGUGAACCAUAUCUUGGUCACUGUCAUAUUUCGAACUGUCUCAUCAUGAGUGAAUAAUAUGUUUUACCAGAGAGAGAAUGAAAGUUACCCAUAUGCCCAAGUUAAUAAAGAAAACUUGGCCUCUGCAGUUCUGGUUGCCCUUUUGGGUAAAAUCUGGCCCUACGCUGGCAGAAGCAGGAAUUCUCCCUGUUAGAGUUCAGUAGCUCAAAAUCAGCCACAGAAACACUAACCAGUUUAGGCUUAAUACUAAAGCUAACUGGCAUGUAAUUUUCAAUAUUUUUACUUCUAUAUUUCAAAUUAAAGAACUGUUCUCUGUUCUGUUUAGUCAGUUGCAAGUGAAUAGAUAUUUCUUUUCAACAAUUUGUUGUACAGAGGCUGUUUUUCAUUUUUCCUCUCCUUAUUUUCUUCUUUGCCUCUCUUUAUCUCAAGAAAUCACUUAGGAUCUGUGCACUUCCUCUACAGAAUCUUUUUCUGCACUGCUGUGUCUCCUCUAGGCUGUCCUCUUUGGACACCCUAUGUGAUAUGAUGAUGUAAAACCUAAAAUGUGCACAGCAUAGUAGUAGUAUUUAUGUGAUGUUUUCAUCAGCAUAAUGUUAUCUUGGAAGAAGAUACCCAUUACUUAGAUUCCCCUCUUGUCCAUUGUGAUUUAUAAGGAUAAAAAACUAACAGAAACUGCUUUUUGAUGUUGUAAAGCCAUUAGGAAUUGUAUUUAGGUAAGUAAAAGUUAGGUGGGAGUUAUUUGGUCAGUAAGGGUCAGUUUAAUAGAGACAACAAUAUAGAGAAAGUACAUUAUUUAGCAUUAUUUCCUCAACUGUGAUGGAUUGCUAAGAAAUCAGCAGACAGAUCUCGCUAAUGUCUAUUGAUUGCUCUUUUAAGCUACAGUGAACAGAUUACUAAGGCUACCUCUUCAUCUGUAAGAGGGGAAAACAGUCCAUAAAUGAAUGAUGUGACUUAUAUAGAGUUGCAUGUCAGCCUUUGUAAUUAUUUACUGUUUAACAUUCUACAGAAUUCAGACAUGAUUUCGACGUGGUGUUAGAUCUGUGCAUUUUACAUUACUGACCAUCUCGUUCCAGCCAGUGUGUGGUUAUCCACUCUGUGUGCCAAAACCAGUAAUGCCUUUCAUGGCCCUUUAGUCCAGAGAAGUUCUGCACUGAUAGUCUCUUGCUGUCCUGUCCUACAAGUAACCAAUCACGAUGGAAUAAAGUGUGCAUUGUACAAUG